UGCGUUGAUGGGCAAACUUGUCAAAACGGAAAAUGCAAAUGUCCCCAUAGCGAAACACUUUGUGACACUACCUGCGUUGAUACCAAUUCUGACGACCAAAAUUGCGGAGGUUGCGGUGUUGCUUGCGGUGAUGGGCAAACUUGUCAAAAUGGAAGUUGCACCUGUCCCGACAGCCAAACACUUUGUGACACUACCUGCGUUGAUACCAAUUCUGACGACCAAAAUUGUGGAGGUUGCGGUGUCGCUGUGGUGCGGUGAUGGGCAAACUUGUCAAAAUGGAAAUUGCACCUGUCCCGACAGCCAAAUACUUUGUAAUUCUACCUGCGUAGACACCAAUUCUGACGAUCAAAACUGCGGAGGUUGUGGUGUCGUUUGCGAUGAUGGACAAACUUGUCAAAAUGGAAAUUGCACCUGUCCCGACAGCCAAAUACUUUGUAAUACUAUCUGCGUAGACACCAGUUCUGACGAACAAAACUGCGGAGGUUGCGGUGUCGUUUGCGGUGAUGGGCAAACUUGUCAAAAUGGAAAUUGCACCUGUCCCGACAGCCAAAUACUUUGUAAUACUACCUGCGUAGACACCAAUUCUGACGAUCAAAACUGCGGAGGUUGUGGUGUCGUUUGCGGUGAUGGACAAACUUGUCAAAAUGGAAAUUGCACCUGUCUCGACAGCCAAAUACUUUGUAAUACUAUCUGCGUAGACACCAGUUCUGACGAACAAAAUUGUGGAGGUUGCGGUGUCGUUGUGGGGCAAACUUGUCAAAAUGAAAAUUGCACCUGCCCCGACAGCGAAACACUUUGUAACACUACUUGCGUUGACACCAAUUCUGACGAUCAAAACUGCGGAGGUUGCGGUGUCGUUGUGGUGCGCUAA